AUGAGAUCGGAUCAUAUCAAAACAGGCCAAAAGCCCGACGAUGCAGAAGGACGAGACUUUGUUCUACCGCCAUUCAGUCGCGACGUUUCAACAAAUAAACCAGAAGCCAAGAGAUGGGUAGAAGACGGCUUUGUUUGGUGCUACGCCUUCAACCAUUCCGAAGGAGAGCGCUGCUUUGAAAAGGCCAUCGAAAUCGACCCCGGAUGUGCCCUGGCAUACUGGGGUCUUGCUUUUGCUCUUGGACCCAACUACAACAAGCCAUGGAAAGCUUUUGAUCGAAAUGAUCUUAGACACACAACUUUGAAAGGUAUCAACGCAUUCAAAAAGGCGGAAUCACUAGCCUCAAAAGCAAGCCCGCUCGAACAAGCUCUUAUUUCCGCCAUACGGCAUCGCUACCCCAAGGAUGAGAAAGAUACCAACAACGCAAAGGUCUGGAACCAGGCUUACGCAGAAGCCAUGAGACCUGUGUACAAAGAAUUCGGACAUGACCUUGAUGUCGCGACGCUUUAUGCCGACGCACUCAUGAACCUCACACCUUGGGCACUGUGGGAUGUGCGAACAGGGAAGCCAGCGCCUGGAUCGGAGGUUGUUGAGAUUCAAGAAGUUCUCGAGAAGGGACUCGCUCAAGACAAUGGACAUGAGCAUAUCGGCCUUCUGCACGCCUACAUUCACGUCACUGAGAUGUCCACUGAACCCGAAAAGGGCCUUGUUGCUGCAGAGCAUCUUCGCAGACUUGCAAAUGAGGCAGGCCAUCUCGCUCACAUGCCUUCGCAUCUUGACAUCCUCAUUGGAGACUAUCGAAGAGCCAUUUCGGCAAACACGAAAGCUGUCAUCGCCGACGAGAAGUUCCUGGCUCUUCGAGGUGGUCGUGACUUUUACACCAUUUACCGUAUGCACGACUACCACUCUCUCAUCUACGCUGCCAUGUUCGCUGGUCAAUAUGCUAUCUCGAUUGAGGCUGUUGAUCGUAUGGAGUCAGCUAUUCCAGACGAGGAUUUGCGGAUUCAAUCACCACCUAUGGCUGACUGGUUAGAGACGUUUCGCUCAGUUCGUCCGCAUAUUCUGAUUCGGUUCGGAAAAUGGGAGGAGAUCAUCGAAACAGCACUUCCCGCGGACCAAGAGCUUCUGUGUGUUACGACCGCCACGAUACAUUACGCCAAGGGUGUUGCAUAUGCAGCUCUAGGUAAUGUCGAGGAAUCUGCUAAGCAACGUGAGCUUUUCCUCGCCGCAAAGGCACGUGUGCCCCCAACACGUAUUGCAUACCCCAACAAGUGUCUCGACGUACUUGAUGUAGCUGAAGCUAUGCUUGAUGGUGAACUUGAAUAUCGCAAGGGCAAUAUCGAGGUAGCAUUCGAGCACCUACUAAAGUCGAUUGAUCGCGAUGAUAGUUUACGCUAUGCCGAGCCAUGGGCAUGGAUGCAGCCCGCUCGCCACGCAUACGCUGCCCUACUCAUGGAACAAGAGCGCAUCGAAGAAGCAGCUGAAGUAUACCGUACAGAUCUCGGAUUGAACAACAAGCUCUUCCGCGCCCGACACCAUCCGAACAACGUGUGGGCUCUACACGGGUACCACGAGUGUGCGGUGAAGUUGGGACUUGACGGUGAGGCACGGAUCAUAAAGCAACAGCUUAAGACGGCUAUGGCUUUUGUUGAUGUGCCCAUCGAGUCUUCUUGUUACUGUAGACGGGAUGUCAAGAAUGCGAAUGGUUGUUGUCGUUUGUAA